AUGUCGUCACACCAACCACCGGUGCAGAAAUCAGGGGAUUCGGAGAUGAAAUCAGCCCCUAAAUUUAAGUUGGCUGAUGUUAGAGAUCAUUUACUGGAAUCUGAUUCGUGUUUUGAUCCUCUGCUUCCUGGUCUUCCUGAUGAUAUUGCUUUGAGUUGUCUUCUCCGGCUACCAGUCAAGUUUCAUUCAACCGGCCGGACUGUUUGCCGGCGGUGGUAUAAUCUUUUCGGUGAUAAAGGUCGGUUCUUUACGCUAAGGAAGCAAAUGGGUUUUCAAGAUCCAUGGAUGUUUGUGUUUUCCUUCCAUAAACGUACAGGAAAGAUUCAAUGGCAGGUUCUUGAUCUCAUUCAUCUCUCAUGGCACACGAUUCCAGCAAUGCCAUGCAUGGAGAAGGUCUGUCCACAUGGGUUCCGGUGCUUUUCCGUCUCCAAGAAUGGUUCGCUGUUUGUCUGUGGUGGGGUGGCCUCCGACGUAGACUGCCCUCUUAACUUGGUGUUGAAAUUUGAUGUGAAAUCAAAUCAUUGGACUGUUAUGAAGAAGAUGAUGACUCCAAGGUCGUUUUUCGCCGGAGGUGUGAUCGCCGGGAAGGUUUAUGUCGCCGGAGGGAACAGUAGUGAUCAGUUUGAGCUCAGUUCAGCUGAGGUUAUGGAUCCAAAAGGAGGUGUAUGGCAUCCGAUUGCAAAUAUGGGCACAAACAUGGCCUGUUAUGAUUCAGCUGUUCUUGAUGGGAAGCUUUUUGUAACCGAAGGAUGGUUUUGGCCAUUUUAUGUUGUGCCACGUGGCCAAGUUUAUGAUCCAAGAACCGAUCAUUGGGAAUCCAUGGCAACGGGGCUCCGUGAAGGGUGGACCGGGUCAAGUGUUGUGAUAUACGGGCGUUUGUUUGUAGUAUCGGAGCAUGAGAGGACAAAACUUAAGGUUUAUGACUCAAGUCAUGAUACAUGGGAAACCAUCAAAGGGCCUCCCUUACCCGAGCAAAUUUGCAAGCCGUUCGUGGUGAACGGCUGCAAUGAUAGAAUUUAUGUUACGGGUCGAGACCUUUUUGUUGCGGUUGGUGUUAUUCAUCGGUUGAACAGCAGUUCAACCGAUGAAAAUAUAAAGUUUGCAGUCCAAUGGCAGGUCGUGGAAGCCCUAGAGGUUUUCUCUGACCUAACACCUUCUAGUGCACAAAUUAUAUUUGCAUAG